AGUCAUUGACGUAUGAAAUACACGUUUCAAAGUGAAGACAUUAAACUUUCAAUAAAACAAAUUAAAUUUUGGCAAAAUUUAUAAAAUACUAUUGUUAAAAAAUUUCAAUAUUGGGCAUCAAUCUCAUGAUAGGUCGUCUAUUAUCUAAGUUUGACUCAUUCCCACAAUGAUGUUUUACCAAAAAAUUCUCAUGUUGAAAUUGUGAUAAUAUAAAGUCCCGAUGCAUUGUAUGUAUGCGAAGAUUCAUGAACUAAACACACUGAAAAAUCAUCUUCCAGACAAUAUAGAUCAAUUUAUAAAGUGCGAUAUUUGAGCUAAGGUUCAACUAAGAAUUCUUGAAAAAAUAGUACCAAGUGUAUUUUCACCAAUGUUUUAGAAAUCCACCGCACUAUCCGGUUGGAGCAAAAAUAUUGAAUAUCAGACUCUAAAUGAUAGGUGAUUUUAAACGGUGUAAAACAACAAUUGAAUCACAGUCAAACCAUAAUUUUUAUACAAAAUAUCUUAUUACUAACAUUUUGUUUAAGAAAAUUAUUGACUUAUUUUUGUAUAACCUCCGAUACAAUUUCACAAUUAUUAAUUUUAACCGACCAAAUAAAAUACAAUGAGAAAAUUCUCGAGAACUUGCAAAUUGGACAAACACGAGUCUUUUAAAAAAUAAAGCACGUACUUACCAAAUAAAAUAAAGCAUGUGAAAGAAAAUAAUAAAAUAUAUAAAAAUUGGCCGAUGCUGUUUGCAAAUGCGGAAAAAGAAAAAAGAAAAAGAAAAAAAAGGAAAUUCCGCAAGAUGCGGUGAAGAGUUUUGGGAGAAAACGCUUUAUAGUAUUUAGAGAGAGAAGAUAGAGAAGAUUACGCGCGUCUACCGAGCGAGCCGGGUCGCUCCAAUGUGAACCCUAGAGGGCAUAUACGUUAUUAUACUAGUCCAGCGAGUGCUUUUCCUGAAGUGAUUAUGGAAUUACUGGUUCUGCCGUUAUAAAUACCUGAAAACCCUACUUCGUCACUCACCCCAUCCUUUCCCUACGCUUCCCUCUCGACUGACGGCUAGGGUUUUAGCUCUCUGCGAAGCGAAUUCUUCUCAUCAGGUUCGUUCACCUGAUCUCUUCAUUCGAUUGCCUUUUAAUUUGUUCCUUGCAUGCUGCUGGUGUAUUGCGCCUCCGUCUAUUUAGGAUCUGUUUCAGUGUAAUUCAAUUUUGGUUGCUCUGAUCUGAGAUUUGGUACGCAUUCAGCUGGUUUUUUGUUUAAAAAUUCCUUACUAUUGCUUUUCAUAAGCGUCUAUGGCUCUCGGAUUCUCUGUUUAUCUUGAAUCCGUUGGUUUCCUUUGCAUGUUUCAACUGGUUCAAUCGGUUUCUCGCACUCUGUGAUUGAGAUUUGUCGAAUCUCAGCUUCCCGAUUGAUAAUAUAGCUCUCCUGUUUGUUUAGAUCUGUGAUUGUGAGUUGUGGAUCUGAGCUUGAUCUGUUUCCUUUGGAAUCGUUUUUGUGCUUUCAGCAAGGGUUUCGUCGUCAUGGGUAAGGAAAAGGUUCAUAUCAAUAUCGUGGUCAUUGGACAUGUCGACUCUGGCAAGUCCACAACCACCGGUCACUUGAUCUACAAGCUUGGAGGUAUUGACAAGCGUGUGAUUGAGAGGUUUGAGAAGGAAGCUGCUGAGAUGAACAAGAGGUCAUUCAAGUACGCAUGGGUGCUUGACAAGCUUAAGGCUGAGCGUGAGCGUGGUAUCACCAUUGAUAUUGCUCUCUGGAAGUUUGAGACCACCAAGUACUACUGCACAGUCAUUGAUGCUCCUGGUCAUCGUGAUUUCAUUAAGAACAUGAUUACUGGUACCUCCCAGGCUGAUUGUGCUGUCCUCAUCAUCGACUCCACCACUGGUGGUUUUGAGGCUGGUAUCUCCAAGGAUGGCCAGACCCGUGAGCAUGCUCUCCUUGCUUUCACCCUUGGUGUCAAGCAGAUGAUCUGCUGCUGCAACAAGAUGGAUGCCACUACCCCCAAGUACUCCAAGGCCAGGUACGAUGAAAUCGUGAAGGAAGUUUCAUCCUACUUGAAGAAGGUUGGUUACAACCCAGACAAGGUUCCCUUCGUUCCCAUCUCUGGGUUUGAAGGUGACAACAUGAUUGAGAGGUCAACCAACCUUGACUGGUACAAGGGCCCAACCCUUCUUGAUGCUCUUGACAACAUCAAUGAGCCCAAGAGGCCAUCAGACAAGCCACUCCGUCUCCCACUUCAGGACGUUUACAAAAUUGGUGGUAUUGGAACUGUGCCAGUGGGCAGGGUGGAAACUGGUGUCAUCAAGCCGGGUAUGGUUGUUACGUUUGGCCCCACUGGGCUGACAACUGAGGUCAAGUCUGUUGAGAUGCACCAUGAAGCUCUCCAGGAGGCUCUCCCUGGUGACAAUGUCGGGUUCAAUGUUAAGAAUGUUGCUGUCAAGGAUCUCAAGCGUGGGUUUGUUGCCUCGAACUCCAAGGACGACCCUGCCAAGGAGGCUGCCAACUUCACCUCCCAGGUCAUCAUCAUGAACCACCCUGGCCAGAUCGGAAACGGUUAUGCCCCAGUGCUGGAUUGCCACACUUCCCACAUUGCCGUUAAGUUCUCUGAGAUCACUACCAAAAUCGACAGGCGAUCUGGAAAGGAAAUUGAGAAGGAGCCCAAGUUUUUGAAGAACGGAGAUGCUGGGUUCGUGAAGAUGAUUCCCACCAAGCCCAUGGUGGUCGAGACCUUCUCCGAGUACCCACCCCUGGGUAGGUUUGCAGUCAGGGACAUGAGGCAGACUGUUGCCGUCGGUGUGAUCAAGGCCGUGGAGAAGAAGGAUCCUACCGGCGCCAAGGUCACCAAGGCUGCUGCCAAGAAGAAAUGAACCGUGCAGGCGGAGAAGAAGGAAUGGAGCUUGGUCUCUACAUGGCCUCGUGUUGAUGGUCGAGGUGUUUCUGUUUCGUUUGAGAAGUACAAUGUUAAGUCUUCACCAUCGUCCCUUGGAUGCAAUUCACAGAAUUGGGUCCUUGACAGGCGGUGGUGUAGUUAUGGUGCUGUUUCGAGUUUCUGAGUCUUUGUUUGUUGUCGUGUCCCUGUUGAGUCUCGACAUUGCUCUAGUUUGUGUUGCUACUAUCUUUGCUGUUUUUCCUAAGGAGGUUGCUCGGGAGUAUUGAGUUCUCGAGCUUCUUUUGCUUCCCGGAUAUUUCAUAUAAUUACAUACUCCAGUUUCCUUGUGCUUAUUGACUAUGUUUCAUCUUCUCAGUAGUUGCUCUUAUUGCUCCAUAAUUGCUUAAUUAAUAUUUAAUAGCACU